AUGAGCGCCUCCGACGACACGGUCGCCCAGAUCAUCGUCAAUAGCCUAUACAAUGCCGGCGUGCGCUUGGUGUUUGGCGUGCCCGGCGCCAAAAUCGACGCCAUCUUCGACUGCUUGAUGGACCACCCCGAGAUCAAGCUCAUCGUGGCCCGACACGAGCAAAACGCCGCCUUCAUGGCCGCCGCCGUGGGGCGCAUCACGGGCAUCCCAGGCGUCUGCAUCGGCACCAGCGGACCAGGGGCGUCGAACCUCGCCACGGGCCUCGUCACGGCGACGACGGAGAACGACCCAGUGGUGGCGCUGGUGGGCUCGGUGCCGCGCCACAUGAACCUCAAGCGUACGCACCAGAGCAUGCGCGCCCUGGACAUCCUGGGCCCGACGGCCAAGGUCGCCGUGGGCAUCGACGUCGAGGACCAGGCCGCCGAGGUCGUCCUCAACGCCUUCCGGACCGCCAGCGCCGCGCCCCAGGGCGCCACCGUCAUCUCCAUCCCGCAGGACGUCGCGCGGGGCAGGUCGAGCAUCCUGCCGUUCCCGAGCGACGCGUUCGUGCCGCCCAUGUACGGGCCCGCGCCGCGGCAGACGCUCGACCACGUGGUGGGCAUGAUCGAGCAGGCCAAGCUGCCCGUGCUGUUCCUGGGCAUGAGGGCGAGCAGUCCGCGCGUGGUCAGCGCGGUGCGGCGGCUCCUGUCCAAGUUCCCCUUGCCGACGGUCGAGACGUUCCAGGCCGCGGGCGCCGUGCCGCGCGAGCUGGUGCACCUGUUCUACGGGCGCGUCGGCCUCUUCCGGAACCAGGUCGGCGACAAGCUCCUGUCCAAGUCGGACCUGGUGCUCGCCGUCGGCUACGACCCCGUCGAGUACGACGCCAACCUGUGGAACCCGCGCGGCGCCCGCCACGUCGUCCACAUCGACUUCACUGCCUCCGACUACGGCACCUACUACCACCCCGUCGCGGAGCUGCUGGGCUCUGUCGUCGAGAACAUCACCUACCUGGCCGACCACCUCUCGCAGAUCUCCGAGCCCACCAUCUCCGACCUCUGCCAGGGCUUGAUCAGGGAGUACACCAUGUGGCAGGACAGGCCCGAGGUGCAGGGCUCGUCGUCGGGGCUGGUCCAUCCGCUGCACUUCAUCACCACCUUGCAGGGCAUGGUGUCCAAGGACACGACCGUGUGUGUGGAUGUUGGGUCCGUUUCCGACGGUCAACAAACGCUAGGCGUCGCGCUCCCGUGGGCCAUCUCCGCGUCCUUGACGCAACACCCGACCCCGUGCGCGGAAAAAGUCAUCUCCGUCUCCGGCGACGGCGGCUUCAUGUUCUCGUCCCAGGAACUGUCCACGGCCGUCCAGCAGGGCUGCGACAUCACGCACGUCGUCUGGAACGACCACGCCUACAACAUGGUCGAGUUCCAGGAGGUGCUCAAGUACGGGCGCGCGAGCGGCGUGCGUCUGGGAGGCGUCGACUUUGUGCGCUUCGCCGAGAGUUUUGGCGCGAGGGGCUUCCGCGUCGAGAGCGCCGACCAGGUCGAACCGGUCCUGCGUGAGGCGCUGGCGUAUCGUGGCGUGAGCGUCGUCGACGUCGCGAUCGAUUAUUCCGGCAAUGUCGAGUUGGCGAGGAACGUCAUCGCGGAUGAGUGGAAUUGA